UUUUGGCUUCCCUUGUAAGAACUCUGGUGGCUCCCUUGGCCCUGCAAGCUCCUCGACGUCACAGUACAUGGAAAAAUGCAAGCUUUACCAGACGUGAAAGCGCCGUGUGAGGCCCUUCCUUCCCCCAGCCUGGAGCCCUUCCCACAGAGCUCCAUAGUGGUCACCCUCGAGGACAUGGGGCUCUGGAUGAAGUUUCACCAGAUAGGAACUGAGAUGAUCAUCACCAAAUCUGGCAGACGAAUGUUUCCUCAAUGCAAAAUCAAAGUCUCUGGCUUAAUCCCGUAUGCCAAGUACCUCAUGCUGGUAGAUUUUGUGCCAAUGGAUAACUUCAGGUACAAGUGGAAUAAAGAUCAGUGGGAAGUUGCUGGAAAAGCAGAGCCCCAGCUCCCUUGUCGCACCUAUGUCCACCCAGAUUCCCCAGCUCCUGGCAGCCACUGGAUGAAAGAACCUGUCUCCUUCCAAAAACUGAAGCUCACUAACAACACUCUGGAUCAACAUGGGCAUAUCAUCCUGCACUCCAUGCACCGUUACAAGCCGCGCUUCCACAUCGUGCAGGCCGAUGACCUCUUCAGUGUCCGCUGGAGCAUCUUCCAGGUGUUCAGCUUCCCUGAGACUGUCUUCACCUCUGUCACUGCCUACCAGAACGAGCAGAUUACAAAGCUCAAGAUUGACAACAAUCCAUUUGCUAAAGGUUUCCGUGAACAUGGGAAGAACACUCGAAGGGAAGGCCGAGCCAAAUGCCAGAAGCCCAGUCCAGCCAAGAGCCAGAAGAGGAAGCUGCCUGAGGAAAAGGAGCCUGCUGCUGAGGAACGUGAUUUUGAGAAGGAUGAGAAUGUAGACGUGAAGGAAGAGAGUAACCCUGUGGUGGUGAGCAGUGGAUAUCCCUUCUGGGGCUCAGAGCAGAACAGCAGCCAGGCCUUCCCUGCAGCCUCGCCAGUGCCUGCUGACCAGAGGGAGGGUCUGGCCAGAGAGCAGCAGGUGCCAACGCCAUCCUACCACACAUAUCGGUUCCACGAAGCUGGGGACAGCCAGCAGCUUCCCAGCCGCGAUGCCGCCACCUUGAACGAUUUCCGGGCAAGGUGCCACGCCUUGGAUCUCGCCAUGGUGCCCGAGCACGACUCCAAACAGCUCCCAGAGGGCUUCACCAACCUGCCCCCGCUGCCCCCACCUCUGCCUCCCCCCCAGGACUACACAGGAGUGGUGAACAUGGCUCUGGACUCUGUGGGGAAAGCCGGGGCCCGAGCACCCAUGUACAGUCCCUAUGGCACUGAGCAGGGCCUGGGGCAGUGGGUGGUGCCUUCCCACAGCCAGUACAGGGCAAUGAGCUACUCAGCCUUCUCCACGGAGUACAACACACAAGGAACUCCAGGACAUGCCCAUGGCACUAUGGCAGAGUGGAGCCAGUACCCUCUGUUCCCCUAUGCUUGCUGGUGAAUGGGGAGGACCCUUCCCGUUGAAAAAACUGAAAGAAAAUUGUAAAUGAGAUUGAAUUUACUGUUGGACUUGUGAAGCUUUGCCUACAGUAGGCAGAGGUAUUGCUGCAAGCAGUAGCGUGGGACACCUCCACUUCCUUGUCUCCUUGCACAACAACCUUCACCAUAUUUCACAAGCAGUGGUUAAACUGGUUGCUACCCCAGCCAUGUCAUUGUGGAUCAGGCUCAAUGUUGUUCUGCAGUGGUUUUUUUCCCAGCAGGAGUAGGAAACCACAGGUCUGCAAGAACAGUAUUUAAAGAGCUGCUGAACUCACAGUCAGUGUUGGCACCUCGCAUUUGGCAGUUUCCAACAUCCCUUCCUCCUGGGACUUGGUGCAAGGAGAUAGGGGCUGAGGACUUCCAGUAAGCCAUCCAUGUGGCCAAAAAGCUGUAGAAAAUAUUGCAAAGACGAGCAAAGCAAGCAAUCCUAGUGAACUUGGAGCAGCUUCCUCAGUUAGUGUAGUCAAAGUAAAGCUAGAGUCUUGCCUUUCUUCCAGCAGCAGAUGAGAGUAAAAUGCACAGCAAGGUGUGUCUGGAGCACAGCAGGGGAGAGUUUGCAGAGUCUGCAGGCAGGGGAGAGUUUGUUCCAUGCAAGAGAAGCAGCAGCAAGGCUGUGUGUGGUGUCUUCCUGUCCCCAUGCCCAUCCCUGCUCUGCCAGCCCUAGAUUCGAGGUCAGUGAAAUGCUUUUCAUUCUGUGGAGGUGGAGGGACGUCGUUCAUGGAAUGUGACAGGCUCUUCUGGGACCUUCCAAGGUUGUCAGAAGCAGGGCCAUGAACAGCAGUGUUCUGUGUCACUCCAGCCUCUUCCUUUAGAGGGAAAGGAAAUUUUCCACUGUGAACUUACUCCUUCUCCUGCUCCCUACCACCCCUGGAGAAUAUAAUUUAUAGUUGUGGUUCCUGCGCUGCUCUGUGAGUGUGUGAAGUUAUCUCGCUGUGUUUGGGAGUCUGUAGGGAUCUGUCCAUGUUUAGUUAUCAGAGUGGUUCCACUUCCCUCCUCUGUGGUCCCAUCCAGGGCAGGAGCACCUGUGCACUGCCAUGCAGCAGGGGUUCUUUUCAUCUUCCUGUUAGAAGGGGGAGGCCUCCCUGUUUGCCCAAAUGCAGAUGGCCCUGGCAUUGGGCACUUGGUGACACAGCCUCAUUGCUUCUCAGGGAGGAUAGACAUGCUCCUAGGUGUUAUUUAGGGAAUGUUUUCGUGUCACACUAAUAGCUGCCAUGUGGCCUGCAGCCACACUGAGGUGUGUCAUUUAGCCUGUGUGCCAGAUGGUUUUCUGUGUGCACACACAUAUGAGAGAGAGUGUGUGUGUGUGUAGCAAGAUGUUGUCUCUGAGCAGACCUGGGCAGCUUCGUGCCCAGUGCCUCAGGAGCCCUGUGCAGGGACACUGGGAAAGGCUGUGCACCAGGUUUUUGGGCACCAGCUCCUCACUGUGCAUCUACAUAGCAUAGGGAUGUUGAGCCACGAUGUUAUUGUUGAAAUUACUGUGAAAAGUAGCCCUGUGAAUUUGUGGGCUCAACUACAAUGACUGUUUUCUUAUUUAAAUUGUAUACUGCGAACUGCUUUUAUAGCACAAUUAUGAUAUUUACAGAGCAGCUGAGCACUUCCCCUGGGCUUCCCAGGAUUUGAGGAUGUGCAGCAUUGAAAUAAAGGUCAGACUUUGCCACAGUACAUGUACAUAAUGCCCUGUGAGCCUCCCCUCUGAUGGUACCCUGGCCAGUAGUGAUUUGUACCUGCUGUGUAUGACACACAUGUGGAUGUGAGCAACUCGCUUAAAAAGAAAUCUGGCUGGGGAAACAAAACGUGGAGCACAGUUUUUAAAAUGCCAAAAUAUCAUUAUUUCCUGCUGUCCAAAUGCCAGCUGUGUGAAGGCAAGUCAGCUGUAAAAGGCUGUCUCUGGCCAUUAGGAGUUAAUUUUGCCACCACUGUCCUUCACAUCUUGGCAAUGAGAGGAGCAGAAUGGCCAGGGAGUUGAGUGAGUGCCUUGAGCAGGGGACCCGAAGGGGGUACUUUGUGCACGGGAUCACUGCCAGCAGCAUACCCACAAGAGAGAGAGAGAAUGCAUCCCCCACAGGCUACCUGGUUGGAUCUGUCUCUUUUUCUUUGUAGCUGGGAUGUGUUUCCCUGUCAUAGAGCGCUAAUGAGGAUGAAAAGCUGCAGUGAGCAUGAGUAACUGAGGACAGCUGGGCAGCACUGGGGAAUUCCUGUGAAAAUACGAGUGCAAUGCUGUUUAUUUCAAACCUUUGCAGUAGCAGUGCAGGUGCUGCUGCCCCCUGGGCCUGUCGGUAGAGCUGGUUUGGCAGACGGCUCUGCACUGGGGUAAAAGACUCAGCUUUGUGCCUGGGGAGCCAUCAAUUACUCAUCAGCCUUCUGUUGCAACGGGACUGCUCGCCCUUCUCCAGUGAAUCAUCCAGCUUGCCGAAGUACCUAUCCUUUCUCUCUGAUUAGAGACUGCGCUCGGCUUGUUCGGGAAGCCUUUGGAGAUUUUGCCUGUAGGUGUGCUCUGGACCCUGCUCCCGCCCCCUCCCUUUGCAGUUCCCACUGGCUUGUUUUCUUCAGCUGUGGCAUUUCAAGUCUGUAUGAGCUCGAAUGAAAUGCUGGUUUUGCACGCAUGUGAGAUAAUGUAAUGCCUCUGACAGCUUCAAUAAAAGGAAAUGAGACAUGUGGAAGUCAGGCCAUUAAGACUAAUAAAAUAAACU